CUUAACCUGUGAACUUUGGGUUACGGAGUGUGAAGAAUUGGGACAAAGAUGAGAACGUGAUAUGUAUUUAAUGAUCACUGACAACAAUUUAUGUAUCGGCUUUGCCGAUAUGCGUCUGGAUAUUGUGGCCGUUGAUUAGAUUUGUCGCAUAAGACAGCUGAGACGAACGGAGGAGGAUUGUUUACAAAACCCUCCCUUGUUUACAAACGCAGUAAGCGUAUUUUAAAGAUGAAGACCGGCCUAUUAUCCAGCGCGGCAUUAACACCUGGGAAUAUAGUUGGUACUCUUGUUCUCGGUGUUGCCAUCUAUAUUCUGUACGAAGUCAUACGAUUUCUGCUACACGUACGCUACGCAAGUAAUACAUACCGUGAUUUACCUGGACCUGAAGGCUCGCACUGGCUGUACGGCCAUCUACAACAGCUUCCAAAGACAAGCCAUGAGAGACUUGAGUAUGGGUUGAAAAUCUCCAGACAGUUCCCACGAUACUAUCGGUUCUGGAUGGGUCCCAGAGCCAAUAUUGUUUUGAACCAUCCAGAAACCAUCAAGAUUGUCCUCAAAACAGCAGAACUAGUAGUUACCUCCCUUGUACGAUAUGUUUCUUAUAUUACCCAGGAUGCUGGAGGCGUACCUGAGAAGAAGUACAAAGAUUUCCUUGACAUUCUACUGAUGGCUCGGGAUGAGAACGGAAAGGGACUCACCAGGGAGGAGAUCCGAAAUGAGGUCGACACAUUCCUGUUUGAAGGUCACGACACAACAGCCAGUGCCAUCUCGUGGAUACUAUAUGCUUUAGCCACACACCCAGAACACCAGACCAAAGUCCAGGAGGAGAUUGACCAUGUCCUUGCUGGUAGGGAGUCUGACCGGCUCGAGUGGGAUGACAUGCCAAAGUUGGAGUACCUGACCAUGUGUAUCAAGGAAGGGAUGAGACUGUACAGUCCUGUGCCCUUUAUACAGCGACAGAGUACACAGGAGUUCACCAUUGACGGCAAGAAGUUCCCUGCAGGAACUUACAUGUCAAUUGGUAUAUACUCUGUACAUCACAACCCGACAGUGUGGGAAAACCCCCACCAGUUCAUACCCCAGAGAUUCUCCAAGGAAAACACGGCCAAGGCUGACUCGUUCUCCUUCAUUCCUUUCUCAGCUGGUCCGAGAAACUGUAUUGGCCAGACUUUUGCAAUGAAUGAGGAGAAGGUGACUAUUGCUAGGAUACUGCACAAGUAUACACUAGAAGCUGAUCCCAAGGUGGAAGUGAAGCUGAAGGCUGCAGCAGUGAUGAGAUCAUUAAAUGGUGUCUACCUCUUCAACAAACCUCGACACUGAUUGAACCAAUGCUUGAAUAUAAAUUGAUCAAGACCAUGCUAAUGAUUUAAAGCGAUACGAAACUGUCAUUUGCUAUAAGAAACUCUGUCAUGUGACAGAACAAGCUUUGUCAUGUGACCUGAGAAACUCUGUCACGUGACAGAACUAGCAUUGUCAUGUGACCUGAGAAACUCUGUCACAUGAUAGAACAAGCUUUUUCCUAUGACCUGAGAAACUAUGUCAUGUAACAACAAAAACCAGAAUUCAGUUAGAUUUAAACCAUUGACCAUGAUAUAUGUUACAAUCAUUUAUUGUAUAAUCUGAUUCCACUUAUCCAAGUUUUAUUGGGACCUAUGUCACACUUGUUGUCUCAAGUGACCUAUUGCAAUCGCCUUUUGUCCGGUGUCGUGCGUCGUCCGUCUGUAAACAAUUUACAUU